GGCAAACUUAAAUGACGAAUAAAUUAAAUGACCUUAUAUUUUGUAUAUUUUGAAUAAAUGUUAAUUGAUUAAUCGACAUUUCUGAUGUGUACAAAAAUAAUCUUAAAUUUACAUUAAUAUUAUCUCACUCACUCCUUUGAUGAUAUAAAGUAUUCUCAUUAGACAAGUGUGAAAUAAAUUAGCUCAAAAUGGAUACAAAUGAAUAUGAGACAUUUGAAUAUCUUCAACCAAAUAAUGUAGAAUCCAUUCCAAAGAGAUUAUUUGUAGUUCAAGAUCAUGGAACAUAUCUUUCUUUUGAUAGAAAUGUUGAUCUUAGCCAAGUUCAGAAUGUGGAGCUAUUGGAAGAAGUACAACCAGUUUAUGAUGUCUCUCCAGAGCAGUUUUAUAUUGAUGUUGAAGGUUCACAAGAAAUUGUUGCAGUAUCAGAACAAUUUGUACUUAGUAAUGAACUUCAUAAUGAAGACAAUAUUUAUGAAAAUAAUCUUAUGCUCCAUGAAUCCGGUUCUUCUAAUAUACAAAUACAACAAGCAGUUGAUGAAAUACCAGAGAAUGUUGUUGAACAGUUUAUAAAGAAAGAGCCUUCUAAUACCGAAAUGAAUAUGGAAAUGGAUACCACACCCAAUAACUUCACAGAGGUAAUGCUAUCUGAUGAACAAUACAAGUUUCUAGAACAAAGAGGUUGGACUUUAAUUGAAAAUAAUGACAAUAUCUUCUUUAUUGAUGGAUUGGGUCUUCAUAACAUCACUAAUAACGAUCAAUUAAUUCAAGAUUUAAAACAGAAGAUGAAAGAUAAUGAAUUAACAGACAAAGACUCGAGGAAUACCACAGAAACUAUAAUAUUUGAAGAAACUUUUGAAAAUAACGAAAUUAAACCAAGUAUUUCCUUUAUAGAAGAAAAGAAGGAGCCAGAUAUCCCGAAGUUGAGUCCUAUAAAAAUCUUGCCUAAGCCCGACAAGAAAGCGAAAGAAGUCCCCGAUUUGAUGCCAUCGGAAAGAGAAUUUCUAGAAACAACUGUUAAUGAGCUGUCCGAAAAGUACGAAAACAGCGAUCCCAGAAUAAAUAGCAACACAAUCAAAAUAAAAACGAAAUUUUCAUUAAAAGAUAUUCCUUCAGAAAUAGUUUUGGGAAAGACCGUUAAUGGUAAAAGACUGAUAGCAAGAGUGACGAAGAGGGAACGUCGCGACACUUCUAAAAUUACGGAUAACGUUGAAACGAAGAACCAUAAAACACCUCAAACAAAUGCGUUCGACCAAAAAAUCGAGAAGUUACUACAGCAAGCUAUCUGUGGCGAAAUGCCGCCCGUAACUGACAAGGAUGUGAUCGAUAACGCGGACCGCCUCAUAAUACAAUUAUUACGAGUACCCGCAUUUAAACCAGCUGUAAUUGAAAAACGGCUUAUAAUUACUAAGAUUUCGAUAACGGAAGACGAGGAACAAAAUCCAACAGCGGAAAGUGGCCCAUUGCUGAUAACUGGACGAGUCGUUAACAAAGGAGACGAUCAUUGGAGUUUCCAAUACAUACCGGACAUGCUUCAGAGGUUAAAAGAAAAUGGCGCAAGUGAGGAAGGAUUUAAGGAACUCGUAAAAAACAAAGGAAAUAGCGAUGUUGAUGUCAAUCUCCUACAAAUACACAUACAGGAAGUGAUUGGUCCCGACGGAUGUGCAAGGUGUUCCAUUACAUUGCAUCGGAGAGUAAUAGUCGUAAAAUGCAAGAAAGUUACGGAUUCUCGUAGAACUAAGGCGCGUGUUUACGCGUGCGAUACCUGCGCAGUGACUGUCAAUACUCAAAACAAGCUGUUACAACAUCAGGAGUUACACACUGUGGCUGAUAAUCUGAAGACUAAUACAGUUAGGACAGAUGCAAUGUAUACUACAUCAACUUUAGGAUCAAACAGAAAUUUUGAAUGUAAUCAAUGCGAGUUCGAAACAUCAAAACAAAGUAUAAUUCAUAGACAUAUAAAAUCUCAUUUUAGUAUACUCAUAAAGGCAAGCGAAAAGCCAAAUGAUGAAUUGGAUGAGAAAUUGAAUUGUAAAUUGUGUUCUAGCAGUUUUACAGAUGCAACAUCACUUUCAAAACAUAUCGUGUCUUCACAUAUUAAAGUGAUUGAAACAUAAUUUUACUUUUAUUAGUCUUCCACUAACAAUUAGUUUUACUAGUUGAAAAGGUGAUUGUACACAAAGAGUAGAUCUCUCGCUAUCCAAAUAUUAUAGCAUAUUGCCUACUACUCUUAGGCAUGUGGGAUUACAGGGAACACUUAAGACGCAUUUGAUUUCUUAAGACAGAGGAUUUUCAGAGUCAACUCAGAGGUAUUUAUUUUAAAGACUUAAAAGUUGCAGAAUUGAUAUUUGAGUGUGGGGUGUGAAAAAAUAUCCAGUACCAUCCAUCAACUCUUCAUUCUAUAUAUUAUGUUAAUGUUUACUUAAGUAGAUUUAAAUUGUUUAUUAUCUAUCAAACCGAGUUUAGUCUGACUAAGAUGUAUUGUUUUCAAAUAUAAUAUUAAAGUAAAAGACUAAAACAAUAAAAAAAAUUUAAUUAGUGUCCUUGAAAAAUCUAAAUACUUUUCUAUUAAAAUCUUUAUGAAUUACCAUCAAAAAAUGUCUGAAAACUCUCCUUCCAAGUCACCAAGUAUGUCAGCUUCAUUUAUUUCAUUACUUGGUGAAAAAUCAAAUCCUGAAACAUGUUUUUGUCAAUAUAUUAUGGAUUUUUAAAGGUGAAGCAAAAGUAUUUGUUGAUGUAAAGACUAACAUAAAAUAGCUUUUAAAUUGUUUGGCCUCGGAACUUGUUACUGAUGUAUGAAAUAUUAAAAGUAUGUGUGAUUUA